AUGGAAAGAUUGGAUAAAUGUUUGUUGAAUUCGGUUGCUUUGCAAACAAUUCAAAAUCCUAUUAUUAAGCAUCUUCCAAGGGUAGCUUCUGAUCACUGCCCCAUUUUAGUCAAUCUGCUUACUCCAGCUGCUCGAAAAAAUAGACUUAUUAGAUAUGAAGAAGUGUGGUCUUCUUAUGCGGCUUCUACCGGUAUUGUUAACAGCUCAUGGAGAAAAAAUAUGAUAAAUAAGAAAUUUAAAAGAGUUUUAAAAGCACUUUAUUACUGGAGUAAAAACAAACAUCAGGAUUUGAUGAUGUUGAAAGAAAAACUGAAGAAGGAAAUUUUUGAAAUGCAGUUUAAAGAAGCAGAAUCAAGUGGCUUGUCCGAAGAUAUGUUACAGUUGCUAAAAUCUAAAGUUCAUGAUUUAAACAUUACCCUAUCACAGCUGAACAAGUGGUGGAGGCAAAGAGCAAAAAUGAAAUGGUUGGUGGAUGGUGAUUUAAACACCAAGUUUUUCCACACUUAUGCGUCUGUUAGAUGGAAUUCUAACUAG